AUGGGUAAGCCGAUCGCUACCGCCCGGACUCAAGGAUCCCCACAGCUGCUCCGCGAGGCCGCGUGGCUCGGAGGGGACGCGCGGCUGCAGCCUCGGCCGGGGGAGCGCAGCGCGCGGCUCUCGCCCAAUGGCGAGGUCUGUAAACAAAAGCGGGCCCCACGCGGGUCCCCCACCGGGCGGUGCCGGUCCCCAGGCUCUCCGCCCCGGGUGUCCGGCCCUGAUCGCGGCGCGGAUCGCCAAGGCCCGCGGUACUCACCCGCGACGCUCGUCCCGGAUCUCCGCGACGGGGCCGCGGACAAUGCGGGGACGCGGGGCUCCUGGGGCUGCGGGCGCCGAGGCGUUCGCGGCGCUGCAGAGCUGCGCGCCCGACGGCGGCGGCGCUGCUCGGCCCGGCAGCUCUCCGGCCCGCUCGCCGUCUGCCAAUGGGAGCUGUCAGGGCGCCUCUGCCGGCGGCCUCGGGGGCGGAGCCACGGGAGCCCGUGGGAAACCGAGCCCCGAUUGGGUCGCCUGACAAUCGCUCCGCCUCCAGGCGCCCAAUCAGAGGCGGCGGAUACAGGAGCGGGGCGUUCAGAGUUGAGCAGGAGAGUGACAACAGGAGCACGCUGGGUACCCGCGCUGCAUCCCGGCCCCUGGCGCCCGGCUGGAAGGAUGCGGGCGCCGCGCGUCCGGGCGCUGCCACCCCGCAAGGCGCCGGCGGCGAGGCCUGGGGAAAGCAGUGGAAAGCCGCCGAGGCGCGGCGGGCUGGGGAACGGCGAGGGAGCCCUAACAAAGCAGCUUCGGGAGGGCCGAGCGGCCUCCGCCUCCUCCGGCUAUAGGUCGGCGAAGCUGCCUGUCACUCUGCAUAGGUGGAGGUGGCCAAUGACGUACAGAGAAGGAGCUCGAGUUGGCGCGCGCGCGCGGCUUGGCAUCAGUGGGAUUGGUCGGAGAAUUCAUGGGUCAAGCCCAGGUGUUACACAGGGAGUUGCCCUGAGAGCAUGGCGAUCCCGUGCAUCAACAAACACCAGCUGACAAGGGACACAUCUGGAUCUUCCGACCAAAGAAUUCCAAGAAGAUAAGCAAAGACCAUGCAGAAGCCAUGAAGACCCCCAAGGGAGGAUACCCCUCCCAUCUUAUAGUGCUUCACCUUAUGAGUCAAUCUGACUGGGGCACAGAGUGCCUAGAUAUUUGGACAAACCUUAUUUUGAGUGUGUCUAUGAGGGUGUUUUGCCUGAGAUGAAUAUUUGAAUCAGGAGAUUGAGUAAAGCAUGGCUCUGCUUCAAAGGGGUGGGCCUCAUCUAAUCAGGUGAAAGCCUGAACAGAACCCCAAGACUGACCCUCCUGUAAGGAGGCUCUCUUCUUGCCUGACUGUAUAAGCUAGGACACUGGUCUUUUCCUGCCUUCAGACUCAAAUGGAAAAUUCACCUCUUCCUGGGUCUGACCCUGUAGGCCUCAGAUGGAAACUUAAACCGUUGGCUCUCCUGGCUCGCCUGGGCCUCCCGCUGGCAGGUGACAGAGCAUAUGACUCAUUCAUCUCUGUAAUCACAUGAACUAAGUCCUAUAACGUAACAAACCACCUCCCCAUACAUGUUUCUCUCUUUCUCGGUCUCCGAAUAUGUGAAGAUCUCCUAUUGCUUUCUUUUUCUAGAGAACAUUGACUAAAACACAUCCCAGUAGUGUCCCCUACAACCAUUCAACCCUUCAGUGUUUCUCUACACCUGACGACUCCAAGCGAGCUCCGUAAACCAGCAGCAGCAUUCUCGGUGGGGGGACAGAGAGCUGGGUCCCAGGCCCCAUGGCAGACACACCGAAUCCGGAUCUACGUCUUAACAAAAUCCUCAAGUAACUCAUCCUCACGUAACAUUGGGGAAACACAUCAGCCUUUUUUGAACGUGACAGCCACCAGAGAGGAACAACAACAUUGAAAACAACUGCCCGGGCACCCGGGUGGCUCAGUCGGUUAGGCAUGGGACUUUUGAUUUUGGCUCAGGUCCACUGACCCCCACAUUGGGCUUUGCUGUCUCCCAGCGUGGAAUCUGGUUGUCCCUCUCCCUCUGCUCCUCCCCCUGCCCAUUUGCUCUC